GUGCGGGGGGCCGGAGGCGGCUGUCACUGUCGGCUCAGCCUGCGCCGGGGAACAUUGGCCGCCUCCAGCUCCCGGCGCGGCCCGACCCGGCCCGGCUUGGCCGCCUCAGGAGGCUCAGCGGAAGCCCCGAGUUAUAAUUAGCCCCACUCCGGUUUCCUGGUUAAUCUCCAACAACGCCACUAUCCCCAGAUCCAGACGACCAGGACUGGCUGGGUGAUGGGUGAACGCCCGGAGGGGGUAGUUCCGACCCGGGGAAUUUUGAUGUCUUGGCUGGAGAUGCCGGAACUACAGCAGCUGUUGCCCCCAAAAUAGCACCCCUGCCUUUGCUGCGGGGAUCUCCGGAGCUCCCGGAACACAGACGUCCUGGCUCGCCCUUCAAUCCCCUCUGCGAUGCUCACGAUCCUCCAGUUCCCCCCCACACCAAGGCUCUCGGGCGGGGAGCUCUGGCCUCUACAAGAAUGGUCUCUACUGCUCCCGGUUGGCAGCGGAGGGCAUUGCAAUAUGGGGAUGCUAUAGGGGCUUGAGUUCUGGAGAGCCCCUCAAAGGGGCUAGUGAGUCAGUUGGCUGGAGUCAGGCGAGAGGGGUGCCGCUGAUAUAAAGUAAACGGGUACCAACCGGCUGUACCAGAAAGAAGACAAGGUGGAGCAGGGUGGGGCAAGGUGUGGACUGGACAAGAUUCCAAGAUGCCUUCAGAACCUGAGACUCCCGAUACCUUGAAGGCCCAACCCACUGCCCAAAAGGCUUUGGCUAAUCGGGGAGAGGCUUGGGCUGUGGUUUCUUAGAAUUUGCAAGCUCCUGAAGGGCCCCACCCAUCCAUGAGGGCCCUUCACCUGUCCUGGGGCCUGUCUGAAGCCUUUGCAACCUUGUGCUUUAUACCAGCGAUCUUAGCCCAAGCUGCAGGGGAAAGUGGUAUGCUGGGCAGGGGAGACUAUGUAUUAGCCAGUCUUAUCGCAGUCGGCUGCAUUUGUCGAGCAGACACCAGCAAGUCCUGGCAGUCAUGAGGCCUCCCUGGUAUCCCCUGCAUACACCCUCCCUGGCUUCUCCACUCCUCUUCCUCCUCCUCUCCCUCCUGGGAGGAGGGGCAAGGGCUGAGGGUCGGGAAGACCCGCAGCUGCUGGUGAGGGUUCGAGGGGGCCAGCUGAGGGGCAUCCGCCUGAAGGCCCCUGGAGGCCCAGUCUCAGCUUUUCUGGGCAUCCCCUUCGCAGAGCCACCUGUGGGCUCCCGUAGAUUUAUGCCACCAGAGCCCAAGCGGCCCUGGUCAGGAGUGUUGGAUGCUACCACCUUCCAAAAUGUCUGCUACCAAUACGUGGACACCCUGUACCCUGGGUUUGAGGGUACUGAGAUGUGGAAUCCCAACCGAGAGCUGAGUGAAGACUGCCUGUAUCUUAAUGUGUGGACACCAUACCCCAGGCCUACCUCUCCCACACCUGUGCUCAUCUGGAUCUAUGGGGGUGGUUUCUACAGCGGAUCAUCCUCCUUGGACGUAUAUGAUGGUCGUUUCCUGGCCCAGGUUGAGGGAAUCGUGUUGGUAUCUAUGAACUACCGAGUAGGAACCUUUGGCUUCUUAGCUCUACCAGGAAGCAGAGAAGCCCCUGGCAAUGUGGGUCUGCUGGAUCAACGGCUUGCCUUGCAAUGGGUGCAAGAAAAUAUUGCAGCCUUUGGGGGAGACCCGAUGUCAGUGACUCUGUUUGGGGAGAGUGCGGGUGCAGCCUCGGUGGGCAUGCACAUUCUGUCCCUGCCCAGCAGGAGCCUCUUCCACAGGGCUGUCCUCCAGAGUGGCACACCCAAUGGGCCCUGGGCCACUGUGAGUGCAGGAGAGGCCAGGCGCAGGGCCACGCUGCUGGCCCGCCUUGUGGGCUGUCCCCCAGGUGGCGCUAGUGGCAAUGACACCGAGCUGAUAGCCUGCUUGAGGACAAGGCCCGCUCAGGACCUGGUGGACCACGAGUGGCACGUCCUGCCUCAAGAAAGUAUCUUCCGAUUUUCCUUCGUGCCUGUGGUGGAUGGGGACUUCCUCAGUGACACGCCGGAGGCCCUCAUCAAUACUGGAGAUUUUCAAGACCUGCAGGUGCUGGUGGGUGUGGUGAAGGACGAGGGCUCCUACUUUCUGGUUUACGGGGUCCCAGGCUUCAGCAAAGACAAUGAAUCUCUCAUCAGCCGGGCCCAGUUCCUGGCUGGGGUGAGGAUCGGUGUACCCCAAGCAAGUGACCUGGCGGCCGAGGCUGUGGUCCUGCAUUACACAGACUGGCUGCACCCUGAGGACCCUGCCCACCUGAGAGAUGCCAUGAGUGCGGUGGUAGGCGACCACAACGUUGUGUGUCCUGUGGCCCAGCUGGCUGGGCGACUGGCUGCCCAAGGGGCCCGGGUCUAUGCCUACGUCUUUGAACACCGUGCCUCCACAUUGACUUGGCCCCUCUGGAUGGGGGUGCCCCAUGGCUAUGAAAUCGAGUUCAUCUUUGGGCUCCCCCUGGAUCCCUCGCUGAACUACACCAUGGAGGAGAGAAUCUUUGCUCAGCGACUAAUGAAAUACUGGACCAAUUUUGCCCGCACAGGGGAUCCCAGUGACCCUCGAGACUCCAAGUCUCCACAGUGGCCACCGUACACCACUGCAGCGCAGCAAUAUGUGAGCCUGAACCUGAAGCCCCUGGAGGUGCGGCGGGGACUGCGCGCCCAGACCUGCGCCUUCUGGAAUCGUUUCCUCCCCAAACUGCUCAGCGCCACCGCCACGGAGGCUCCCUGCACCUGCCCAAGCCCUGCCCACGGGGAGGCUACCCCGAGGCCCGGGCCCGACUUAUCCCUGUCCCUCCUCUUCUUCCUUUUCCUCCUCCACUCCAGGCUUCCGUGGCUCUAACUACAACCCUUUCCCCUUCUGGCCUCAGAGCCCACUUCCUCUAGUGUGUGGCUGAGAGGAAGGGACCCCUCUCAGGGAUACAGCUCCCCCCCCCCUUCAUUUUCAAGCCGAGACAAACUGGACAGACUCAGGGAUCUUUGUUAAACAAAAAUCCAAAAAACAGGGUUUUAUUUUUUUAAUGUAAAAAAUUAUCCUUUGGAGCUUGAGCCUGAUGUUGAGGGAAGGAUCCGGGGCUAGUCGGCGUCAGCCAACCAUUUCUGUAUCUUCUCUCUCUUCCCCACCCCACCAACCCAUGGACCCUUCUCCCAUUCUGAUCCUGUCCCUCCCCUCCGUCUUCCUCUCCUUCCUGCUACGCCUCUCCACCUCCCUCUACCUUCAUUCUCCGGACCAUCCACUGCUCUCUCCCCACCACCCCGCUCGGCCUCCGACGCUGCGUGUAUGCCGGUGUGUGUAUGCACUCACAACCUUUCGCCGCUACCCGACCUGUUCCGCUUCUUCUACUCUUGCGGGUGCCCUGGCCGCAGAUACGCUGGACGAGGCUGAGCGCCAGUGGAAGGCCGAGUUCCACCGCUGGAGCUCCUACAUGGUGCACUGGAAGAACCAGUUCGACCACUACAGCAAGCAGGAGCGCUGCUCAGACCUGUGACCCUGGGGGACCCCAGGCCCUGCCGCCCUGCCCGAGCCCCUAGCUGUACAUAUACUAUUUAUUUAAGGGCUGGGAUAUAAUACAACCGAGCCCCCAGGCCCUGUCCACCCCGCCCCGACUUCCUCCCACUAGGGGCUCCCCAUCUUCUGCAUGUCUUGGGCUAAGCUCCCCUCCCCGCGGUGCCUUCGCCCCUCUGGGCCGCCAAUAAACUGUUACAACCUC